AUGCAGUCAAGUCAGAUCCCAAGAGGAACCCCUGCGCCAUAUGGCCGGGCAUGUGUCAACUGCUCCCAUGCCAAGUGCAAAUGUGUACUCCGGACCACAGGAUCGGACUGCGAAAGAUGUCAUCGCCUGAACAAGGAAUGUCGCCCAUCCAUUCCAGCUCGCAAACGCGGCAAGCGCCCAUCGGCGUCUUCUCGGACGGCGCAUCUCGAGGCUAAACUUGACAACAUUGUCACGAUGCUUCAAUCUGGCGGGGCUCCGUCUGGGCUCGCUGUCGAUUGGGAAUUGACAAAUGCCAGCGAAAGACAGAAGGCAACACAAGGCCCAGCUGUAGAGGCUUCAUCGCAUGCAAUCAUGUCGGCCGGGAUUCCUUCUCCCUGUACGACAAAUUCGCCGUCAACACAUCCCUCGCCACUGGAUCUAUAUAGCUCAGUUCCCAUCUCACCAGAGGCGGCUGAGGACAUCCUUAACCGCUUCCGUACACAGAACCUCAAGUACCUCCCUAUUGUAUAUAUCCCUCCUCAUGUCACCUCGCAGCAACUCCGCCAAGCGAAGCCGUUUCUAUGGACCUGUAUGACGGCGGUCCUGACUCCAGAAACCAAGGAGAGGGAAAUACAAUUUAAGAAAAUCAAUGAGCUCAUCAACCAAAUAGUCUUUGUUGAUCAUGCGAUCAACAUGGAUAUCCUCCUGGGAAUAAUGACGUUUAUCUCAUGGACAACAUACUCUCGGAAACCCUUUCUCAACUUCCAUGCCCACGUAGUGAUGGGCAUAAUCAAUGACCUUGGCAUUGACAAGGAGAUUCCUAAAGAGCACACGACUUUGCAAGCAUUCAAAUGUGCAGUUGGCUUGUAUCCGCGAACACCUACAGCUAGAACCAUGGAGGAAAGAAGGGCUGUGCUAGGGUGUUUCUUAUUAACGUCGAGUAUCGCAUUGGCAAUGUUCCGGAUCGACGCCCUGCGCUGGACGCCGCACAUGGAAGAGAGCCUGAGCAUUCUAAUGGACGCCAAAGAGUGCAUCGAAGAUGAGCUACUGGUCUCGCUGGUCAAGAUCCAGCUGGUCGUAGACAGGGUCUACCAUCUUCGCCGCGAUGGGGACACUCAACCCCCGAUGGCAUUCUACACUCAAGCCCUCCAGUCCCAGCUGGACGCCGCCAAAAGCCAAAUCCCUACCCAUCUCCAACAACACGGAGCCGUGCUCAUGCACCUCGCCAACGCAGAACUAACCAUUCACGACAUCGCCAUCCGAACCCCCGCCCUCCCAAACUCCCCAGACCUUCACCGUCUCGAAAGCCUCUACGCAUCUCUGCAAGCAUCCAAAGCCUGGCUCGACCACUGGAACGCCAUUCCACCAGAAAACUACAUCGGCAUAUCGUUCGUUCUGUUCUUCCAGUUCUGUCGCGCCAUCGUCGAUCUAUACAAGCUUUCCACUCUGGAAGACCCGGCCUGGGAUAAGAAUCUGGUGCGGGACACGGCAAACAUCCUGGAGAUUCUCGAUCAUAUCCGAUGCAAUCUUAGGAAAUCUGCGGAGCGAAUCGCUUCGCAGAAUGACCCCGAACUGAAUGUCUUCAAUACGGGCUUGAAGAUGGUGAUGUCUUUGAGACAGGCGUGGGAGCCUAAGAUUAUGGAGGUUUGGUAUCCCGGUGUGGCUUGCAAUGGGGUCGAAAGCGAUAUUUCUCAGGCUGAUUCGGCGCUUGCGGAUGUUGCACCCUUGAGUGGGUUUGAUGAGGCGUGGAUGAUGGAGAUCUUGGGGUCAAUGUGA